UUACGAGAAGCAAUGGGUGAACAAUUUUUGCCGCUGCUGCUGAUAAUGUCGAGCUUCGAAGAUGUGCAAUUCAGCUAGACAUCAGCCUAUGUGCGUAUCAGAUGCAUCUUGCCCUGACGUUCUCGAUUUGCCGUGUAUCUUAUUGUAGAACACGUAGGCGGCUGGUCAGUUCGAAGAAAACAUUCCUGAUAACUUCAGGGGAUUUCUGAUCGCAGCGGUAUGGUGAAAUGGAAGCUCGUAUUGGAUACGAACAACUGUGUUAUUACGAUCCCGAUCGACGAAUGACGGCCUUUGCCAAAAGCCCAGGCAUGAACACGCAAGUUUUGAGUAACCAUCGAACGCGGCCUGCAACUUCUAUUGUCAGGUUAAGAAAUACUUAGAUUAAGAUUUUGUCCUACUCUACUGUGCAGGGAUUGUGACGUGCGAUACGGCCGGCACAUUGUUGCAUGUUACAUGGUGGGGAGCGAUCUUUGACCAUAACGAAAUCGGCUGCGGUUUGCCCAACGUCUAGUUUGCCGCAAAAAUUAAGACUAGCUCAACGUCAACGGCCAAGUUCAGCUACAGAAACUGUUACUGAUAAAAAAAAAAAACGACGACAGGAAGAAACAACGACCAACGGAAACUGCAAAGAGAGAAUUAAUAGGCGCCCCUCAAUAGAGGGUCUAUAACGCCGGCAAGUUCCGUUGCAGAUCCUUAGCUUCUUCAAAUCAAUAUAACCUUAUUAAAAGCACUCUAUAUAUAAGGCAAACCGACAAUUUUUCUCUUAUACAAUAAUAGCAAUAACAACAAACGUCUGAUAACGUCGGUCCGCUUCUCUGUUUCUAUCAUCCUAUGCUACUAAUAUCAAAAACCCAGAUCAAAAUUGAUAAGGCGUAAUUGACAAUCAAAUCAUAUACAACCAUUAUCGCAGCACGCGGUUAUGCGGUCGCUCUGAAGUGAAAUUAUUAACGGCUCGCGCCCACUGCCGCGAUAGUCUUAUAGUGCGGGUUGUCUGCGCGUGCGUGCGUGCGUACAAACUUAAAUAAUUGUUCCACUUAUAAUGAUAACACAUCCUGAUACUGUUACUGAACGAAUUUAUGCGCAUUCAGAUCUGCAUGUUGACCAGCGCUGUUAUUCACGUUAAGGUCGUACGCUUCUCGAGGCGCUAUAGUCACAGAAGUGAGUGCCAUCCACAUAAGUCAUUAUAGGCCAGCUCCGCUCUCUUAUCUGUAACCGACUUGCAAUACAUAUGGCCUGAAGCAAACAUCAACGCCAUACAAUAUCGCCAUGUUGAUCCUUCCAAAAUAGUAACGGGUAGUACGAAUGGCUGCCGUCGACAAGCUUCCUUCUGCCGUUUUGCUGUACACGAGACGUAUGCCGACUUUGUUGUUGCCUUAACGUUUGUGAAAUCCUGCGGCUGCUGCUACUGCUGCCUGCUUAUUUCGGGCAUCCCGUCCUGUAGACGGUCUUUGUUGUCCUUUCAAUCUAGCUGGGGAGACAGCGUCCAGAUACCCAUGGUUCUAACGGUUCCGAUAAGCGGACAGCCAGCUACACGGGCUAAUGACAGCCGGAUAGAUAUAUGUGUCGAUUAACGCUGAAGCAUAGUUUUCAGGCGUACAUUACUAAUAUAAAAGAAACCCAAUCGGUCUCUCCCCCCAACAACAGCCGAGAGCACAGCCUCAACAGCUAUUCACUGUACAGUAUAGAAUUUCUAUGGCACCAAUCGUCGCACGCGCGUAACGUUAAGAAAAAGGAAAGGAGAGAAACAGGUGCAGCUCAACGACGACCAGGAAAAAGGCGGGAAGGAGGUAACGGAGAAGGAAGAUGUAAAAGUCUUCGUCAUUAUCAGUGACAUUAAAUACUCAGUUUUCCUGUUCCUUUUGCGUUUUUUUUAAUAACACAAGGACAGCAUAUUACCAGAACCAUCAGCUACUGUUGUUCCUGCUCUUCCAAUUAUUCCGAUCCACAGACCCAGCGUAACGUCGCGUUGGUGUGAUAAGUGAAAGCGACCAGCGGUUGCUGACAACACUAGGUUGUCAGACCGGGUUCCUGGAGCCAUUUUCAAGAAACAGAUAUUUGCACUGCCUGGUGUGGUCGUUCUAGCAGUGAUCAUGCUAUAGCGCGCCAAACCGCUCUUGCCACAGACCUCUUACCGCGUUCUUACCGGUGCUAAUGUUGCGACGACGCCUGGUGAUGGUGGCGCCAUUAUUAGUUUUGUAAGUCAUCUAGCGCACCGUCGACAUCAACUAAAAUAACGAUUAGAUUGACUCUGUGCAAUGGAACCGAGCUGCAGUGCAACAGUGAAGGUGCAACGAAUGUUUAAGGCAGUAGUAUCGAGUGUUUUAAUUAGUCAGCUAACGUUAAUCUGUUAAGGACGGCUUUUAGGACGACACGAACAUCUUGCUUUUAGGCCAUACGCAGACAUCACCGAUUAUCGAUAUUCAAACAAUAUACGACAACAUUCGAACAACUGUUCGUGGAAGCUGUUUCGAGCAUUGCAUGAGUGUGUAUGUGUGCACGUGUACUUGUAUGCGCGUGCCUGCUGAUCUGGAUUUUUGAGACUUCGGGCCGCUAUCAAUUGGCAAUGUCUCAUUGGGUAGUGCGUGACGGCUGGUACCGGGGCAAUCAACUUCUGCAGCCCGUUGCUAAUGUAUUCGGUGUUCAACUGGAUAAGUUUAAUUAUAUUGCAGCCGGAUUCUCUUGCAUUCUACUUGGUAGCGUUUACCGGGUGGUCCUUCAUCCAUCUCGAGUGACUCCGCUAGCGAGACAGUUAUACACUAUAAUUGUGGGCGUAGCUGUACUCUGUUUUUGUUUUGGGUUAGAUAUUAAGCACAUGCUGCUUCAGACGGCACUUAGCUUUCUACUGAUAGCAUUCUGCCCUAUAGAGUCACUGCCGAGGACAACGCUAAUCUUUAAUCUCGGCUAUCAGAGCAUCAUGCAUGCGUUACGGAUGUACUACGACUACGAAGGAUAUACACUUGACAUUACAGGCGCUCUAAUGAUGUUGACCCAACGGUUAACCAGCCUGGCCUUCAACCUUCGCGAUGGGCAACUUCCUGAGAAGUGUACACCGCUUAUGCUCAAGCACGCUGUGAAGAAAAAGCCCAGCUUUAUUUUGUAUCUCGCUUACGGAUUUGAUUUUCACCAAAUACUCUGUGGACCGCUUAUACCGUUUAACGAGUUUGAAGCAGUUACUAAGGGUACGAUCUUCGAAGAUCGUCAGCGCGAUAUGAAGAACAAGGGCGACGACAAGCUGAAAAAGCCUGAGGUGUCCGACCCAAACCCGACGCCUUAUGUGCUGAAACGCUCGCUGGAUUGCAUCCUCUGUAUCCUUGUCCUGAUAUUUGUUGUGCCAAGGUUCCAGCAGGAAUUCCUAUUUAGUGAUGAGUUUCGCAACUCAUAUAUGCCGGUUAAAAUGUUUUGGCUAUUUGUGUACACGGCUUUAACCCGUCAGCAGUAUUACGUUAUUUGGAAGAUGGCCGAGGCCAUUUGCAAUUCGUCGAAUUUGGGCUAUUACUAUGAGAACGGUGAGGACCAUUGGGAUGGGUGUACGAACGUCGAUAUCUGGGGAGUGGAGACCGCUGUCUCACAACGUGAAGGUCUUGCCGCCUGGAAUAAAUCGACCCAACAAUGGCUACGCAGCAUUUGCUACGAUCGGGUAGCAACGAGCAAGACACUGACGACCUUCUUCCUAUCGGCGGCCUGGCACGGAUUCUAUCCCGGUUACUAUCUCACCUUCAUGACAUUGGCCGUACAAACGUUAGCUGCUCGCAGUGUCCGUCGGAGUGUUCGGCCAUUUUUCCAGAAAUCAGCGAGCAGCCGGUUUGUAUGGGACGCCAUCACGUUUGUUGCAACCGUUGCUGGCUUUGCUUACGCGACAAUACCAUUUAUACUGCUUAGCUUUGGCAAAGCGAUGGCGAUGUGGUGGGAGAUGUACUUUUACGGGCACAUUUUCAGUGUAAUGGCUAUAUUUGUUCUUCCAAGGCUGAUCUCACCGGCGAGAGAGGGUAAAGAGAAACUGGCCUGUUCGGAUCAACCGCAAGCAGCACGAGUACUUGACCAAUGCGACUUGUCGUAUGGAAGUUCAGAGCGGCAACUGAACAAUAGCAAGCUGAUCAGCAAGUUUGGACAAGUCUGUACGCAACAAAAUGAUAACAAGAAAGGUACAUCAACUAUUAACAGCCUCCAAAGUACCGAAGUCAGGCAGGGUUGAGCAGAAUUUGUUCGUCGCUUAUUGUUUCGACAAGUUAUUGCUUCUAAACUUCUGAUGGAUGGCUAGUGCUGAUGAGAUGAUUUACUUCUGAGCAGGCGUAACCUAAUCUGGCGCUAUACGUUACUUACGUAGAUGAGAACGGUUAAUGUGAGAAUUUAAUGCUAUGUACUAGAAGUUAAUAGAGGAACGUUUGUUAAUGUUCGUUGUUAUACGGUUGUAUGAACAAAAUACAUGCCUGUGGCAUUUGUCCAAUUUUUGUAUUUGUGUGUGUAUGUGCGGUCGUGUAAAUGAAACUACCAAAAUAGGUGGGCCUUAAUAAACUGCGAUGUAAAAAUGUGGCAUGACGAAUGCAAUACGGAUGGUUUUGCUUGCAUAAUUUAUAUUGGGUAGGAAUAAGAGGAAUAGGUUCAAUCAAGUUAUAUCAAGCAAAGUAAUUGUACCCGAUGCGUUUUAAUUUUGCCCUCACUUAAAGCACAUGUGCAUAUUUUAAGCGUCUCCUAAUAACAUGCUCGCCACUGUCAGUACAGUCAUUUUUGCACCGCGAGAGGAAGGAGAAGACACAAGCGCCAGCUUCGGUAUAGCAUGCGCUGAAAGCUUAAGCUCAAAAUAUACAAUGUUAAACUAUCGGCCGAAGCAUAGCGGUUCCGGUCAUAUGAACAUCUGUAUCGGUGGUUUUUGUAACUUCGCGUCCAGUUCUACCACACUGCACCGAAAAACGUCAGUAUAGCAGGCAAAAAGAAAGCACUUGCAAUAAAAAUACACGCAAUGAAAGAACAGCAUCCGGAACUGCAAACAAUUCAAUUGCCAGCUGAAGAUUCCCCAUUGGACGAAGAACGAUUCCUGUCUGUUCCAUGAAAGAGCAAAGAAUGGAAUCAAAAACCAGAGAGCUGUCGCAUGAGUGAACAGUUAUAAAGCAGAGUUUAAUUUAAAUUAUAAAAGUAACUAAUUAUCUAGAAGACCUUGAACUUCAAAGUUUUUCGUAUAGAUGUCGGUGAUCUAGUACGAAUAUGUAUCUGAGCAGCCGGCUUUCCAGAGCUCAGCUGUCUUAGAUUACGUGAAAGUCGUAUUCUUUGACGAGGUCAUUCAAUGAGCUCGUGGGCGUAUCCUUACUUUUGGUUAUGUAAACGAUAAUCAACCAAGGGGCAAAACUCUAGAAAACAAUCUACGAUACGUUUAAAGUUUUCCGCGACCGAUUCCUGAAGCGAACAUCCCACUCAUAUUCGCGCAAUCAAAAUACAAAAUCACCUGGCCAAUCGUGAGAUGAUUUUGUCACCUCCCCAUAAUAGUAGAGAAUCGGGCUAAUAAAGUAAGAGAGGAUUCACCCAUUAAUUAAGAGGGUGUGCCAAGUUGGUUGAUUGCUAGUUUAGAAGAAACGAACUUUAGGAGAA